AUGCAGCGUCUACUGUGGCUGAACAGCCCUAUCCUGGAGUGGCAAUCCUGCUGCAAACUUCACAGGACGUUAAGACUGAAAUCCAGGAUGUCAGUUCGGCGACGAUACGGCUUCUUCAAAUGUCCAACAUGCAAUCGGCGGUGGGAGAGUGCACACGCCUGGUGCGACAGGGCCACGGAUAAGCCUUCGUCUGGCCAGCAGUGCAAGAAUGCAGGUUGUCCCAGGGAUUACAUCAAACCGUACAAGGAUGAUGACGAUGACGAUGGGGAUGACAGUGACGGGGAUGACGAUGACGAUGGGGAUGAUGACGAUGAUGAUGAUGGCAAACGUCACAACAACCCGGAGAGGCCCCACCUGAGCGACCUGUGUGAGAUGUGCCAGAAAGGGGAUGCCUGCAAGCUUCGUUGA